UUUUCGCUCAUCGGUUCCGGUGUGGUGUCUGCGUAUCCGAAAUAUACAGUUGAAUAUGUAAAAAAUCAUUCAUCUACUGCAGUACUGGGGGUCGGACGACAUUGUUUAGUAAUAGUUCUACAGAAUUGCUGUGUCAAGUCAGAGUUCUCAGCGAUCGACACGUGUACCUGUCUCUGUUUGUCUGUACAUGUAUUAGACUGUAUUACAGCAUUGAUUCAGUAUUUAUUAUUUGAAAUUUAGAACCUUAUCUUUUGGUCCAGUUAUGGCGCAACAACUUGUCAGCAUAUUGGCAAAUCAACGUUCUAUUUUACAAACUCCAGGAUUGUUGACUGUCACCUCCAAAAGAUUUUGGCGUUAUGAUAAAAAGGGCAAUUUAAAAAAGCGUAGAAUUGCUCCAGACUGGAGAAAGAUUGAUCACAAUCCUGCAAAAAUACCAUGGGGAUGGAUACCCGACAGUUGGAAAAAAGAAAAUAAAGUAGAUUAUGAACGGGAGAAACAACUUGUUAAAUUUAUUCCAGGGUAUAAACCACAGCUUCGAGUUUAUGAAGAACCAAAUUAUCAUGAAGAACCUAUUUAUCAGCUAACGUCAAAUACAAAAUUAUUGGAAGGUUUGAAGCAAUCACUCUACCUAACAAAAUGUGUCUUGUUUGAAGAUCUACCUGAACGAAUCCAACAGAUUUCUGAAAAUGUCUCCAUCUCGAAUCAAGAUGAUAAGAUCAUUCAGAUAUUGCGUCAAUGCUUGUUGUUUGAUAUUGAUCCGAAGUAUUUGGAUAAAACAGGAACAGUUUUUUAUGCUAAGCAAGAUUAUCAGUCUGUUCAUCCAAGUCUUGAAAGAUAUUGUCCGAAUAUCUCAGAGAACUUGAUUCGAUUGUGUCAGUCGCAAUGUAAUAAAUAUCCUGGCUUAUUACGAAGAAUACAAGCAAAAAAUUUGGAAACGUCAGUUGUGUUUCGGAGAAUUUGUGAUAUUAGUAGAGAUUCGGCCAGUCAUCUUGGAAGAAACUGGUUGAUUAUGGUAAAAGGUUCAAAUGCUAUGCAAUUGUUGGCUCCGGAUCCAUUGGAAAACUUUGCAAAUGAAACUCAAGUAAAGGAAACUGAAAAAAUGGAUUUGCCUGAUAUUUUUCCGGUGUUCCCAAUCGUGGAUUUAGAAAAAUCUCAAGUUUAUGAACCGGUCAAUUCAACAGGUCUAUUGCCAGACUUCAGUCAUUCACACAUCCACACAAUUGUGAUGCAGAACACCAAGGGGUGUGCGCCUGAAGACUUGUAUGGUCAAAUGACAUCACAAUUAUUCUCUGCGUUGUUUUCCAGAGCCAUUGAAUUGUAUGGGGAUGAACCGAUGAAUCUACCCAAACCAAUAUCAGGACAAUGUAUUGCAUUAGAUGGAAAAUAUUUUCAAUUUAUGUGCAUGCAAUUGAAUACGACAAAGCUUGAUUCAGAUACAGGAAUAAAAAACAUGGUUUGGAUUGACAACAGACUAAAAGAAGUGGAAAUUGAAACCUAUGGUGAAAAUUGGAACCAUAUCGUUUCUCUUCCAUUCCGAUGUAUGAAGAAUGUUCGCCAAGAACAUGGCGUACACCAGAUUUUUAUACUGGAUAUGAUCCAUCAGUUUUUCAAACAUUUUUAUCACUCUGGUUAAAUGGUGCAGUAAAAACUUGAAAUAAGUUUGGCUGGGCAUGAGCCAUGACCUAAACGGUAUGAUUUCACGUUAAAAGAGAUUGAUAACGGCAAGAAUUCUUAGUAGGACUUCUACAACAUUUCAUUCUUGGAAGUGUCCAGGAAUUGUAUGAAAGAGGAUUGUGCUAUGUGACUGGCAUGUAAUAUGUACUACCACUGGAAGAUUGCAUCUUCUUAUUACAGUCUUUGUAAAGAUUUUCAAUAAAAAGAUCUAAAAGUACUAUUCCAUGCGGAGUAAUCGAGAAUGCUGAAAAAAGUUCAAAAAAAUAGUUUUGUGUGUGCUUUUGUGAAAUCGUUUUGAGCGAAUUUAUUCGUUAUGAGAUGUGGUGUUGUGUGUCCAUGUAAUUGUUAUAAGGAAAUUUAAUACAAUGGCCGGGAAAAGUCA